AUGCGAUUCAACAAGAUCUUCGUGGCUCUGGCCAUGGUACUACCUGUGGUGUUCUCUGCCAGCAUCCCAUCCUCGGAGCAGUUCUGCGAGCCAGGCACUCGAAAGUGCGACUACAACGACGUGGUGAUCUGCAAUCCCCAAGGCACUGAAUACUGGUCGGAUCAGUCAUGUAGCAAGACCGAAAUCUGUACUAUUGACACCAACAACCCUGAUGAUCAUGGUCAUUGUAUCGCGACCUGCGACAUCCCCGGCGAAGAGCGCUGCCUCGGCAAUGAGUGGCGUGUCGCAUGCAACAACGAGCACCGAUGGAAAGCCAUUGAAUCAUGCCCUACACCCGGAGUAUGUAACACACUCAUGAACAAGACUUCCUGCGCCACUGCAGACUUGCCACCGGCGCCUCUCCCUCCUGGCACUCCACCGCAACCUGAGCCUUGCAAAACAGUGACCGAGACGCGAUGCUCAAACUGGUCAAACGGUCUUUACCGCAUCGAGAUGUGCAACUAUGAUCAAUUCUGGCUUGCCUAUGGGACCUGCGGAUCGGAAGAGUUUUGCAUGCACUGGGUGCCUGGUCAAUACGUCAGCCAAGGCGAAACAAAAUGCGUCUACGACCCUGAAAUCCUGUCCACUGCUCCUCCUCCCAAAUCCCUUGACUCUCGGUCGUGGAUAUCGCAAGGAACUCCAGAUGCUCAUGAGUAUUGCGACACUGGCACAUCCCGCUGCUCUGGCAACAAGCGUCAGGAGUGUGUCGACAACGUCUGGAAAUCAACUAUGUGUCCCAAGACUUCCGAAUGCGUCAAGCAUGACGAUGUCGUGCAGUGCUGGAUGAAGCCACCGACUCCCCCGACCGUACCAGAGCCAUGCACGCCAGGCGAUCGAAAGUGCGACUCUGACGCAUACGCCCUCAUGCUUUGCGGAGACAACGAGAUGUGGCAUACCGAGAAGAAGUGCACCACUUACGGAGACUGCAUCACUGACGGCCCAGGGCAAGCGCACUGCGAGACUGGUGGUGUAGGUCCAGUGUGCGAAACGGUCAGAAGCUGCGAGUACAUGAUGUAUCUCUACCCUACUGCUACUAAGGAGAAGUUCCGUAAGAGCAUGUGCGCGGACGAGGCUUGCAUGGACUGCGAUCGCUGCACUUACAAACUCGGACAUGGCGAGGUGCUACAACCUGAUCUCCGAACCCUCAUCCAUGGCUCGCCGGUGCCUGACAAUUUUGACUAG